AGUCCUUUGCUCCAAAAGAGGAUUUUGACCUAGAUCGGGUUACGGCUGCCGGUCCCCCUUGCUUUGUCUUUAUUCAAAGUCCAUUCCAAGCUAUUGAAAACCAGAUAGUUUGCACCUCUAACGCUUUUCGCCGCGGCCUUGGUCUCCGCGGCCAGACUCUCGGAGCGGAUCAGUAAUAACUAGACAUGGCGGUUUUGGUGGACGGCCGUCAAUAUGGUCUGUCUUCACAAGGAAAUUUGACGGACAAUAAGAGUUAUUUGUUUGUGAAGCUUACGGACUCGGCAUUAAAGGCGAUUGAAGACCAUGUGAGGACUGGGGGUCGGUCGUCCAUCAACUUCGACAAGAAUGGCGGGAAAAUCGCCUUCGACGGCGGCGCGCAGUUCAAAUUCAGCAUAUCGGCCAACCCAGACCAGGGCAGCUUCGAGUGUCUCCAGCAGAAUGGCAGCCGCCUGGAAUCUCUGGGCGCCAUGGCGCACAAGGUUCGGGUGCAGGCCAACGAUGACGUGUACGAGACCACCCGACAACGAAUGGCCGAGGUGGAGGAGGCCAGCAUGAAGAACUGCACGCGGAUGAUCAAACAGGGUGACCCGUUCAUCGGCCGCCGGGUGAAGGUGAAGGCGGGGCCCGGUCGGCCGGUGGCGCCGGCCGGCCGUCGGCCCGACUCGCUGCCGCACCGGUCGCCCACCAUGCAGCCGCGCCAGCCGCCGGUCUCCGCGCCCCCGCCGCCGUCCGCCCCAGGCCGGCCCGCGGCCCUCUCCGGUCGGCCCGGGGCGCCCGCCGGCCGGCCCGCUCCGGGCACCGCGCCCGGACGGCCGGCGACCGCCUCUGCCGGCGGCGGCGGCGGAGGCGGGCCCGCCUCCUCCGACGUGAUGCGCCGCCCUCUCAAAGAGAGGCUCGCACAUCUGUUGGCAACACGACCGCGCAAAAAGGUGGAAGUUAUGCAAAAACUGUACAAAGACGGUAUCCGGGAGAAGGACAAGAAGAACGUGCACGGCCUGCUCGGCUCGGUGGCUACGCUACGCGACAACGUCUACUACCUGAAGCGGCAUUGCUGGAACGACGUCUCGCAGGACUGGCCGUUCUACACGGAGCAGGAGCGGCGCGACUUCGCCGCCCACCGACCGGAGAACCUGACGCCGCCCAGCAGCGACUCGAGCAGCGGACGGUCACCGGCUGGGAAGCGCCCGUCGCCGUCUGGUGCUGACCCCCCGGCCGGCUCGGCCGCUGCCGCCGCCGCCGCCAAGCGCCAGCGGGUGUCGCACUACAAGCGGCCUGGCGAGGCAGCCCCGGGUCCCGGCAGGCCGCGAGCCGCGGACGCCGCUGGGUCCGAGCGGCGCAACACGGGCCCGCAGUACGACUGGAACAAGACGGCCGCCCAGUCGCCGAGCUCGACUGGUGUCAGCGACCGCACGCCGACGCCCGACUCGUCGCCCGACAGCCGCCACUCGGGCUCGUCGGCGACGCGGGAGGAGGAGCCGGACUACGUCAGUCAAUACGUUCCAAUCACGUCCGAGCAGCAACUGCAGCGGUACAAGGCAGACUUCGAGGUGGGCUACGCCGAGUACCAGCGGCUCUGGGAGCUGGUGGGUACCGUGUACCGCAAGUUUGCCGACCUGGAGCAGCAGCUGAGAGCGGCCGAGGAGGGCUCCGAACAGUGGAGGGGCAUCGAGCGCGCCAUUCGCGACGAGUACGAGGCGUGUAACAACGAGGAAUACAAGGCGGCUCGCCGGCGCUGGUUCUACCUACAGAACAAGCUGCAGUACGUCAAGGCACUGGUGCGGCGGUGGCAGGCAGAACGGUAGUGGGCCGCGCGCGCGCACGAGCACCCCUCGCUCUGUG